AUGCUCUUCUACGCCCUCGUCCUCGCCCUCGGCCUCAUCCCUUCGACCUUUGCGCAGUUCGCGCCCGGGUGCGAGGCCAAGUGCACGCCCGUCGAGACCUACCUGAACAACUGUGGUUCGCUGCCUUUCGCCGAGGGUCGUGCUUGUGUCAUCGCCGUCUGCACCGCCACCACGCUCGACGAGUGCGUCGCUUGCAGUUCGACAACGACCAGCACCCCUCCCGCUCAGUACUACGCCAUGUUCAACUGCCCCGUGCCUACGGCCACUAUGUCGUCUCCCGAGCCCACCCCGACUUGCACGGGCAAGAGCAAGGGAAAGGGCAAGGGCAAGGGUCACGGCAAGGGCAAGGGCCACGGCCACGAUAACCACUGCGACAACGUCGAGGCCGAGGGCACCGAUUAG